AGUUCUUCACUUCGUCUCUCACCCAGUUGCCCAGUGGGACAGUUGGGUCUCAACACCUCAAGCUCCAUCUUACCGCAAACCAGUAAACCAGCCAUGAGCAAGUCCUAUUCCUCCUCGGCCCAGUCGGCCUCCUCAUACCGUCGCACCUUCGGCUCUGGCGUAGGGUCAACCCCAAUGUCCUCCCUCUUCUCAUCUGGAGGAGCAGGCCGCAGCUCCUCUGCAAGCCACAUGUCUUCUCGCGUUUAUGAGGUCAAGAACGUCGGCAUUCCCUCCUAUUCCAGCUACCGUGUGUCCUCUGGUGCUGGGGGAGCAGGGUACGGCUCCUCUGCAGCAGUGCGCACCUAUUCUGGUGAAAAACUCGACUUCAACCUGGCCGAUGCCAUGAACCAAGACUUCCUCAACACAAGGACCAACGAGAAGGCCGAGCUUCAGCACCUCAAUGACCGCUUCGCCAGCUACAUCGAGAAGGUGCGCUUCCUGGAGCAGCAGAAUGCAACGCUGACAGUGGAGAUUGAGAAGCUGAGGGGCCGCGAGGGGCCCGGCCGCGUGGCUGAUUUGUACGAGGAGGAAAUGAGGGAGCUGAGGAGGCAAAUAGAGACCCUCUCCAACCAGCGCGCCCGUGUCGAGGUGGAGAAAGACAACCUGGCUGAUGACCUGCAGAAACUGAAGCUCAGACUGCAGGAGGAGAUCCACCAAAAGGAAGAGGCUGAGAACAACCUUUCUGCCUUCAGAGCUGAUGUUGACAAUGCCACUCUGGCCAGGCUGGACCUGGAGAGACGCAUUGAGAGCCUGCAAGAGGAGAUUGCCUUCCUGAAGAAGAUCCAUGAAGAGGAGAUCCGUGAGCUGCAGGGCCAGAUGCAGGAAACUCAGGUGCAAGUCCAGAUGGACAUGUCUAAACCCGACCUGACUGCUGCACUGAGGGACAUCCGCAUGCAGUAUGAGGGCAUCGCCGCCAAGAACAUCGCAGAGGCUGAAGAAUGGUACAAGUCCAAGGUGUCUGACCUGAGCCAGGCUGUGAAUAAGAACAAUGAUGCACUGCGUAAUGCCAAGCAGGAGAGUAUGGAGUACAGGCACCAGAUCCAGUCCUACACCUGUGAGAUUGACUCACUCAAGGGCACUAAUGAGUCUCUGCUGCGCCAGAUGAGAGACAUGGAGGAUCGCAUGACCCGGGAGGCUUCUGGUUACCAGGAUACUAUCUCACGAUUGGAGGAAGACAUUAAUAAGAUGAAGGAUGAUAUGGCUCGUCACCUGAGAGAAUACCAGGACCUCCUCAAUGUGAAGAUGGCCCUUGAUAUUGAAAUCGCCACCUACCGCAAGCUGCUGGAAGGAGAGGAGAGCAGGAUCACUGUGCCUGUCCAGUCUGCUUAUUCCUCUAUUGGAUUCAGAGAGACCAGUCCUGAGUCCCAGAAUCAGCGCUCCUCAGAGGUUCACUCCAAAAAGACUGUUCUUAUCAAGACCAUUGAGACCCGCGAUGGAGAGAUGAAUUAUUCUUUGAGCCAGGGCACUAGCGCCCAGUCUGUUGUCAGCGAGUCCACACAGCAUCAGCAAGACAUCAUGUAAACCGGAGGAGACAAUGUUAGAAACACUAUCUAUGACAAAUGAAUACAACAAACAGUAAAAAAAUUGACAUUUUCCUACCACAAUUUAUAAACUGACCCUUUUUUAGAGACAUAUUGCUGACCAUGUUAGCUUAUUUAAAAUGAAGCACAAUAUUAUAAAAGCUAAAGCAACCGGAAUACAUCUUUAGACAAUGUACUGUAUACGUCAUAAACAGGAUACAUGCAAUAUGGAUGCAACAUGCAUUGCUUUUAGUCUGGUUUUAAAUAAAGGUCAUUCCAGGAAUGUAUUCUUGUUACUUUUCCUCUCUCAAAAACACCUGAAUUUGUCAUAUCUUGUUUGCAAAAAAUAAUUGGAAUUAGUAAAAUCAAGGCCUUGUGUAGGUGUCUUGGUCCAGUAUUUACAGGGAAGUUUGCAAGGUGCAAGAAAGGUCAAUGGGCCUGAAACACCAUAGUCAAAAGCAAUAUUGGAACGGUACUUUUCACUGCACAUCUUCCAAGUCUUUCUGUGCAAAUGUAAAAGUGUAUGACUUGGUUAAGAAGGGCAUUUAUUUGUGUAACUGAUUUAAGGAAGUGAAAUGUCAGAAACACAAACUUCUAAUGAAAAAGGAACUCAGUCAUGUUUGAAGUUUGAACUCAUGUGCUGGGUGUUUGAUUGUAUGAGUAUGGGUGACCAUGAAAUGUUGCUUCACUGUGGCCGAAAACUCAAAUAAAAAGAUUUGUUAUCACCGUU